AUGAAAGGAAUGCCAUUAGGCCUGAUUUCCUCAAUACUAUUUAGUAUAGUUUUAGCAGAUGUCAGCUCGGGUUCAAAGUCUACCACGGGUUGCUUUUCGUUCUUAAAAAAAAAAAUAAAGAAAAGCAAUAAAACGGCAGAUGAACCAGUUGAAGUCAAAGUCAAGGAGGAGCAUGACUCUAAUAUCCCAGAUAUCAAAUUUAUAGAUGAAUACGAUCCACCGGUAAUAGAAAUUUACAAAAUACCUCAAACUAGAUUAAGUGAGCCCUUUACAUCAGAAACCGAUGGUACUACCGUUGAUAAAGUGACCGGAUUUUUAAGAAGAGAAAAUGAUUCCAAAAGGAAAGGAUACUAUAUUAGACCAUAUGAAGAAGACUAUGAACAUAUGAUUAAGAUUAAGGUUAUACCCCUUAAGUACAAUUAUCAAUUCACCCAAAAGAACGAAUAUAAACAAAGUGACGUCCCCCCUCCAAUACCUAAGAUGCCUAAAAAGCAAGAAUUACCUAAAAAUCAAGAAUUACCUAAAAAUCAAGAAUUACCUAAAAAUCAAGAAUUACCUAAAAAUCAAGAAUUACCUAAAAAUCAAGAAUUACCUAAAAAUCAAGAAUUACCUAAAAAUCAAGAAUUACCUAAAAAUCAAGAAUUACCUAAAAAGCAAGAAUUACCUAAAAAGCAAGAAUUACCUAAAAAGCAAGAAUUAAGUACAAUAUGUGAAGAAGAAUCAAGUACGGUAUAUGAAGAUACAGAAGAAUUAGAUGAAUUUACAUCAUGUCUCGGAGAUGGAGAAAAUGAAUACGGAGAUGAUAAAAAUGAAAAUGAUAGAGAAUGUGAACAAAUUGAAAAUGAUAGAGAAUAUGAACAAAUUGAAAGUGAUAGAGAAUAUGCAGAAAUUGAAAAUGAUAAAGAAUAUGAAGAAAAUGAAAAUGAAGACGAAAUUGAAGAAAAUAAAAGUCAAGAAGAAUAUGAACACAUUGAAAGUCACGACAAAGUUGAAAAUAAUGAAAAUGAGAUCGAAUAUGAACAGAUUGAAAAUAAAGACGAGGUUGAGGAAAAUGAAAAUGAUAGAGAAUGUGAACAAAUUGAAAGUGAUAAAGAAUAUGAAGAAAUUGAAAGUGAUAAAGAAUAUGAAGAAAUUGAAAGUGAUAAAGAAUAUGAAGAAAUUGAAAGUGAUAGAGAAUAUGAAGAAAUUGAAAGUGAUAGAGAAUAUGAAGAAAUUGAAAGUGAUAGAGAAUGUGAACAAAUUGAAAAUCACGAUGAAGCUGAAAAUGAAAGUAAAAUCGAAUAUGAAGAAAAUAAAAAUCAAGACGAGGUUGAGGAAAAUGAAAAUGAUAGAGAAUGUGAACAAAUUGAAAGUGAUAAAGAAUGUGAACAAAUUGAAAGUGAUAAAGAAUAUGAACAAAUUGAAAGUGAUAAAGAAUAUGAAGAAAUCGAAAAUGAUAAAGAAUAUGAACAAAUUGAAAGUGAUAAAGAAUAUGAAGAAAUUGAAAAUGAUAAAGAAUAUGAACAAAUUGAAAGUGAUAAAGAAUAUGAAGAAAUUGAAAAUGAUAAAGAAUAUGAAGAAAAUGGAAAUCAAGACGAGGUUGAAGAAAUUGAAAAUCAAGACGAGGUUGAAGAAAUUGAAAAUCAAGACGAGGUUGAAGAAAUUGAAAAUCAAGACGAGGUUGAAGAAAGUGAAAAUCACGAUGAAGCUGAAGAAAGUGAAAAUAAAAUAGAAUAUGAAGAAAAUGAAAAUCAAGAUGAGGUUGAAGAAAGUGAAAAUCACGAUGAAGCUGAAAAUGAAAGUAAAAUAGAAUAUGAAGAAAUUGAAAAUCAAGAUGAAGUUGAAGAAAAUGAAAAUAAAGACGAAUAUGAACAAAUUGAAAAUCACGAUGAAGCUGAAAAUGAAAGUAAAAUAGAAUAUGAAGAAAUUGAAAAUCAAGAUGAAGUUGAAGAAAAUGAAAAUAAAGACGAAUAUGAACAAAUUGAAAAUCACGAUGAAGCUGAAAAUGAAAGUAAAAUAGAAUAUGAAGAAAUUGAAAAUCAAGAUGAGGUUGAAGAAAUUGAAAAUCAAGAUGAGGUUGAAGAAAUUGAAAAUCAAGAUGAGGUUGAAGAAAUUGAAAAUCAAGAUGAGGUUGAAGAAAUUGAAAAUCAAGAUGAGGUUGAAGAAAUUGAAAAUCAAGAUGAGGUUGAAGAAAGUGAAAAUCAAGACGAGGUUGAAGAAAUUGAAAAUCAAGACGAGGUUGAAGAAAGUGAAAAUCAAGACGAGGUUGAAGAAAUUGAAAAUCAAGACGAGGUUGAAGAAAUUGAAAAUCAAGACGAGGUUGAAGAAAUUGAAAAUAAAGAUGAGGUUGAAGAAAUUGAAAAUAAAGAUGAGGUUGAAGAAAGUGAAAAUAAAAUCGAAUAUGAAGAAAAUGAAAAUAAAGACGAAUAUGAAGAAAUUGAAAAUAAAGAUGAGGUUGAAGAAAGUGAAAAUCAAGACGAGGUUGAACAAAUUGAAAAUCAAGACGAGGUUGAAGAAAGUGAAAAUCACGAUGAAGCUGAAAAUGAAAGUAAAAUAGAAUAUGAAGAAAUUGAAAAUCAAGAUGAGGUUGAAGAAAGUGAAAAUAAAGAUGAAGUUGAAGAAAAUAAAAAUAAAGAUGAGGUUGAACAAAUUGAAAAUAAGAUCGAAUAUGAAGAAAAUGAAAAUAAAGACGAGGUUGAAGAAAGUGAAAAUAAAAUCGAAUAUGAACAAAUUGAAAAUCAAGAUGAGGUUGAAGAAAGUGAAAAUCACGAUGAAGCUGAAAAUGAAAGUAAAAUAGAAUAUGAAGAAAAUGAAAAUCAAGAUGAAGUUGAGGAAAAUGAAAAUGAUAGAGAAUAUGAACCGAUUGAAAAUAAAGAUAAAGUUGAAUAUGCACAAAUUGAAAAUGAUAAAGAAUAUGAAGAAAAUGAAAAUGAAGACGAAGCUGAAAUUGAAAAUAAAGACGAGGUUGAAGAAAAUGAAAGUAAAGUCGAAUAUGAACAAAUUGAAAAUAAAGACGAAGCUGAAAUUGAAAGUAAAGACGAGGUUGAAGAAAAUGAAAGUAAAGUCGAAUAUGAACAAAUUGAAAAUAAAGACGAAGCUGAAAUUGAAAGUAAAGACGAGGUUGAAGAAAAUGAAAGUAAAGUCGAAUAUGAACAAAUUGAAAAUAAAGAUGAGGUUGAAGAAAAUGAAAAUAAAAUCGAAUAUGAAGAAAUUGAAAAUAAAGACGAAGCUGAAAUUGAAAAUAAAGUCAAAUGUGAAGAAAGUGAAAAUAAAGAUGUAGUUGAAAAAAAUGAAAUUAGAGACGAAAUUGAAGAAGAAGAGGCAGAAUCAUAUAUCGGAGAAAUUGAAGAAGAAGAUGCAGAAUCAUAUAUCGGGGAAAGUGAAGGCGAAGGGGCAGAAUCAUAUACCGGGGAAAUUGAAGAAGAAGAUGCAGAAUCAUAUAUCGGGGAAAGUGAAGGCGAAGGGGCAGAAUCAUAUACCGGGGAAAUCGAAGAAGAAGAUGCAGAAUCAUAUAUCGGGGAAAGUGAAGGCGAAGGGGCAGAAUCAUAUACCGGGGAAAGUGAAGAGGAAGAUGCAGAAUCAUAUAUCGGGGAAAGUGAAGGGGAAGAUGCAGAAUCAUAUAUCGGAGAAAGUGAAGACGAAGAAUAA